AUGGCCUCGCGUCUCGCUAAGACUGCCAUUGGCGCCGCUCGCCUGCGGCCGGCUCUCCCCAUCCGCACCGCUGUCCCUUCUUUGACCUCAAUCCGCGCGGCCUCCAACGUUCCCACCGAGGACCCUGCUAAGAAGGCCCAGUCCAUCCUGGACUCUGUCCCCGGUAACUCUCUUGUCUCCAAGACCGCUGUCCUCUCCGCCGCCGCUGGUCUGUCCAUCGCCGCCAUCAGCAAUGAGCUCUACGUGAUGAACGAGGAGACCGUUGCCGCCUUCUGUUUGCUUUCGGUCUUCACUGCCGUCGCCAAGUAUGGUGGUCCCGCUUACAGUGAGUGGGCUCAGGGUCAGGUCCAGAAGCACAAGGACAUUCUGAACGCUGCCCGUGCCGACCACACCAACGCCGUCCAGUCGCGCAUCAACAACGUCCAGGAAAUGUCCGGUGUCGUGGAGGUCACCAAGUCCCUCUUCGCUGUUUCCAAGGAGACCGCCGAGCUUGAGGCUAAGGCUUACGAGCUCGAGCAGCGCACUGCUCUGGCUGCCGAGGCCAAGCAGGUUCUUGACUCUUGGGUCCGCUAUGAGGGCCAGGUUAAGCAGCGUCAGCAGCGUGAGCUUGCCGAGUCCAUCAUCGGCAAGAUCCAGAAGGAACUUGAGAACCCCAAGGUCCUCCAGCAGAUUCUCCAGCAGAGCGUUGCCGAUGUUGAGCGCAUCAUGUCUUCCAAGGCUCAGUAA